AUGCAAUGCAUUAAGUCGGCCGGUGUAGGAAGCAGCAGGCUUGUACCAUCGCUCGAAACCAAUCUUCUAUCGGAAAAGCGACGAAAACUUGACAAAAAGGCGGAAAAGCUGGUGUUCGUUAGUUACGCGGAGGGGCAGAAGGCUUAUCGCUUCGAGAACCUGAAAUCGAAAGGAGUCGACAUUAGCAGGGACCCAAAGUUCGACGAGAAGCGUGGUGUAGAAGAGGAAGUGAAUGCGGAUCUUGAUUCCGAUGCCGGUGGCGAUGACCUCAACGCGACACUGUAUGAUAGUGCUGAUGACGAUUUGGCGGAUGAACCGUCGUUCCACGGUUUCCCUCUGGAUGAGGUGGCGCGUAGAUCUGGACGUGUCAAUAAAGGGAAACGUCCCGUUCGGUUGAUUGAAGAGGCUUACGCGGCGGGAACUGUAUCAAAAGCAGUUGAACCGAGGAACCUGAAGGAAACUGUAUCCUGUGAAGCCGCGCCGAAUGGAGAGCAGCAAUGGUGA